UCUUCAGAAAACCCGAUCGUUUUCGCGACGAAAUUUCACUGCUCCCCUCGUGAUGGGUGACGAGCAGAAGACUUUGUGGGUUGGCUCGCUGCCAGCUGAUGUGACCGAAAAGGAGAUCAGAAACACCUUCCAGCGAUGCGGUCACAUCGACGAAGUGUUUGUUUCCAGAGGACGAGAGGAACAAUUCUUAUGGGGUUUUGUGGAGUUCGCGGACAACCGGGGCUUCGAUUCAGCGAUGCGAAUGCGGGAGGACGAACUCUACAUUCGUGAUCAGCUCUUAAAAAUCAAAAAAGGUCAUCGAAACCAUCCUGCCCGGGCCUCGCAACGAGGCUAUGGUGGAUGGGAUGACUGGCGAGACAAGAAAGAUCGUUGGGAACGACAUAACCGAGGUCAUCAACACUGGGACAACAACUACUGGCGAAAGGACGAUCGACGCCCUUCGCGGUACUGGCGUGAUGCAGGUGGUGAAGACAUCCCAAUGAAAGAUCAAGUUAAGGCAGGCCAUGAGAAUCGUCGCAUCCAUGUGGGCAAUCUGCCUGAGAAGGUGAGACGGAGCGAGGUGGAACAGCAUUUUCAGGACUUUGGGAACAUCCAGUUCAUCUCCCUCAAGCACAAGGAAACCGAGAGCUUCUGCUUCAUCGGUUUCGACAGCGAGAAGGCGGCGGAACUGGCGAUCCAAGAGAUGGAUAGGGCCACAAUCUAUGGCAACCAGAUCAAGGUGAGCCUGUCGAGACCGCCGCACUCGUCGCAUCGCAGUGUGGAAUACUCAGAGUGGGGCAAUGAGUACCAUUCGCCGCAGAGGCGGCACGAGAGCAAUCGUUCACCAGGACAUGAAAAGUCUGAAAGGUCCCUGGUUCCGAACCAUUCGCGGGAGGAAAGCGAAUCCAGCCAAGAAGAGAGCAGUGAGUCAUACUCUGAGGAGGUGCAGGAUGCUCCCAUCCCGCCCGGUGUCUCCGGGCUCGGCGCUACGCCCGUUGCCGCCACGACGGACGCCCCCGGCGACGGUCACGCCGUGGCAACGGUGGCGACGGACAAUGGCGAAGAGGAGUCGGGAGAGUCCUCCAGCUCCAGUGACGAAGAUGAGGAAGACAAAGAUACUGACAGGAGAGAAGGAGAAGCUCUUGAGGCCACUGCCUGCGAUGCAUUGGAGGUCCUGGAGCCGCAGUUGGAGCCGCAGUUGGAGCCAGAUGGUGAAGAGCGAUCGAGGCAAAAGCGUCGACGAAGACGAAAGAUGGACGAGACCGGCCAACCGCAACGGCACCUGAAACGCCGCAAGCGCCGCGAGCGCGGCGCGGCGCACGCCACGCACACCCCCGCGCCCGCCACUGCGCCAGCGGUGGUACAGCGGCAGGCCUCUCGCAGUCGAAGUGCCCCAAGGGCCGUCGAGCCGAAACCUCCCUUGCAAAGAAAGCGUGGCCCAGAACAGCAGGGCAUUCGCGUGAGGGUGGAAAAUCUGCCGUCCGACAUGAAUCUGGAGGAGUUCAGAAAUACUGGGCUGGACUUUGGUGAGGUGAUUGAGGUGAAGCUUUGGAAGACCAAAGAUGGUUCGAAGACCGGUCACAUCACCUUCGUCGAGGGCACCGAUGUUGCACGGGUUAGACACUGUCGCUCUGAGUUCACUCGAAAAAUGCGAGGAAAGAAGAAGCGAGGACAGAGUAGAGUUGCUGGAACGCAGCAAAUUGAUAAGCUGUGGACAUGGUGCGAAGGCUUCAUUUGUGGCCGUGUAAAGACACGCGUCGAUGGCCUGCCCAACCCACAGUUGUUCAGCCAAGCAUAUCAGUAUGCAUGGAGAAAGAACAAUGUCGACAAGGACUUGUUCCAACUGUUGGCCACGGAACUGAAAAAUUGUCGAUAGAAGCAAUUCUU